AUGAUUUGGAACCCGCUGCCAGCUGUCAUCGCCGCUCUGUCCUACCUCUCCUACGGUGGCUGGCAGAGUCUCUCCCCUCAGGCAAGUGCCAAUGGCGAUAGGUGGAACUGCCGUCCUUUCCUCCCGAACCUUUUCGUGGAAACACCUCCAUCUCCUGGCCUCCCAGUUAUCCGUGGUGCCACGAAGGCAUUGAACGACUAUUUUACGUCAAAGUUUGCACAGGGUGGUAUCGACAGUCUCUCCGUCGCUGUCGUAACAUCCAACACAGUGCUAUACGAGAAGAACUUCGGAGUCUUGAGGGCCAACGAGACGAAUUCUCCACCCACGACGAGCCAUGCCUCGUAUCGGAUUGCCUCUAUCUCUAAGCUCUUCACCGUCCUCGAGGGGUUCAUCCUGGAGCAACGUGGUAUCAUAUCUUGGGACGAUCCUGUCGACAAGUACCUUGAAGACUUCAGGUAUCGCUUAGACGGUCUUGAUCCGCACGGACCUCAGCCGACACCGGAGGAGGCUCCGAUCACACUCCUUCAGCUCGCGACUCACAUGUCUGGCCUUGGUCGGGACUGGCCUCCUGGAUCGGCCGCAAACUGGCCAUAUGAAGUCAGCGGUGGCGGACCGCCGCCGGACAACGGACGUCCGUUCCCCACGUACGAGGCACUUUUCGACGACCUGCCUAAACACCACCUCGUGUCCUAUCCCUGGACAUACCCCUCUUACUCUAACACAGGGGUCGGUAUCCUAGGACUUGCACUCGCUGCUGCAAGCAGUGCGGCGGACGGAAACUACUCCAGAAUCUCCCAUGCUGACUUGCUACAACGGGAUAUCUUUGGCCCCCUGGGGCUGAACGGAAGCCACUUCCUCGCCACCGAUCAAAAUAAGGACUCCAUUGUGAUAUCUUCUGUCAUGCCGGAGGUUGUGGACGACGACUUCCUGAAUCCCAUGAAUCCUUCGGGCGGUCAAUUCUCCUCCUUGUCCGACUUCAUCAUGCUCGCUCAGACGCUGCUGAACCCUCGACAUCCGAAGAGUCCACUCACGCAGUACUCGCUGAACAGAUGGUUCAAGCCAGUGCACGCGUUCGAGGAGGACGACUGGACGGAGAUGGGCUUCCUAUGGGAGGUCAUCAAGGCCCGAGACUCCAGCGGACGCCUUCGGAGGAUCUACUGGAAACUAGGAAACCUGCCAGGUUUCAAUACUGUUAUCGCCGUCCAUCCUGGGUCUUCCUCAUAUCCCGAUGCCGCAGAACUUGCAUACGACGCCUUUGAGAUUAUGCAACCUGGCAUCGAUCGAGCACUUUCUGACUUGGUAAAAGAGCUGUACUCUGGGCAGUGGGUAGUGGUUCAGCCUGGACAAAAUACGACCGAAGGCUCGUCUGCCACAAUCACCGUCCACAAGGGCACGCUCUAUAUCGACGAAUUCAUCCUCCUCGGUGUCGACGCGCUUGAGAAAAUGGACGCUAAGGGCCGCGUGGCGUUGCGCCCAACGCGGCGCGACGAGUUCCGUUUGGAUAUCGGCCUACCGUUGUAUAACGGCAAACGGCACACGGCCUGCUUCCCGUACUGGGUUGGGCAGGACUCGUGGGGGCUGCGCGACAAUGCCCCGAUAAACGCAAUCUACUUCACUAGUUCGGGAGAGGGCCGGCGAUUGCAUUUUCCAUCUCUGUCUAUGGUCAUGGAGAGGAUGAGGUAG